AUGGCUCCAUUUUGGAAAAAACUCAAUUCCCCUCAGUCUUUUGCUAACCAUGACUUCACAUCGAACUUCCUUGAAUUAGCACUUUUAUAUGAUGUCUUGAGGAAUGCCAAGUUCACGACUGUUCGCAAGAGAAUGGAAUUACCACAUGAUUCUUUAUGUAAAUAUGACAGUGAUAUGGUCAGUGCCGUAACCCAGUCGAGCAUAUUCUUGGUCCACUCAGAUAACGUGAUGGAAGUCAAAGUUGCAUUACUAAAAGAGCUGAUGCUUGUUUCGUCAGAUCAUGGUACACAUAACUCCUUAGCGGGUUCCGCAUCUACUUCUGCAAAUACCACCGAGCUUGAUACUACUGAAGUAGUCUACUUAGAUACCCCCAAGCUCGAGUAUGCACAGACCGGUAAGGAGCCGGCUCAGAUCCGCAAGGUGAACGACUCAUCCAGUGUGCUCUGCUCGCCAACUGGUGGUUUAAGGCACUUUGCAAGUUCUAACUUGACUCCUGAAGAGCUAGAUCUAAUCUUGAAUGAGAAGGCUGCAGAAAUCGAUUUCAACCAACUGGACGGAGCCAGAAAACUGGCCAUUGGAUGGGUGCAAAGAAAGCAAGCCAAGCCUUUAUCGAAGGUUACAUAUUCACGAAACAGAUUUUCUUAUGUUAAUGACGAUGAUGCUGCCAGUGUCAUCGGCGUCAAUGUUAACAAUAGUACCGAGACUAAUAUUUGGGCGACAAUGGACUCAAACAUCAAACUUGAGAAGACGACCAAGACUGAAUUAUCAUCCGCAAAGACUUUUCCUCACUCAAUUUUAGAAAUUCGAUGGAAGGGUACGUCGAAACCGCAAUGGCUCUCUGAUAUCGAAAAGUCGCAUUUAGUUUACCCCAUGAGAGAAGGUUUCUCCUUAUAUGCAUACUCAGUUGUUUCGUUUUAUUCUGAUCAACUACAGAGUGUUCCUUCAUGGCUCGAGAUCAUUGAGGAUAAUGUUGAGAUUCGCAAAGUUCCCAGUGUUGCCCCUGUACGUCGUUCUAUGAAUUCUAGCGCCAACCUUGCUGGUGCUAAUAGGACUGAUAAGAGUGUGUCCAUCAGCACACCCAGCAUUUUACUAAACGAUAGCAAUGCCCAGAUUCAUGAUUAUGACUCUGCUAAAGAGCAAGAGGGCUUGUCACGUAAAUCUAGCAUGACUGUUGUUGAAGACCGUGAAAACCGUCCUCAGAUGUUGAGUCGAGUUUCUUCUUUCUACAACCCUGCCUCAAGGCAACGUCAUAAACUUCAGAGUCAACCAAGCGAAAGUAAGCUGGCGGUUAGAUACUGGAACGAAUUUGAUGACCCAGAAGAUGGAGAAGAUCUGGGCGUGUUUGUCAUUAACGAUGAAGAUCCAUCGGGAAGUUAUCAGGAUAAGCUUUUUAGUGAAGCUAAUAUUGAUGCAUUGGUUCGCAUAUCUGAUAAAUUUUUACAAAGUAUCGGUUGGUUUACUAGCAAGAUAACUGGUAGUAGAGAUGGUUACGAGGCAUUGCGUGAAGGAAAUUAUCGUCGCGGUAGUAGCAGUGAGAGUGAUCCUGAUGAAGAGGAUGAAGAGGAAGAUGAUUUCGAUGAAGAGGCCAGUGUUGGUCGCUAUUCGCCACGCAUCAAGCCCCGAACGUCGAGUGACGAUAGCGACGACUUCGCGUACCGUUCAUUUGGCGACCGUAAUAACAGCGUAGCUGCCCAGCGACGGAACAGCGUGCUCACAUUUUUAUAUUCAAUGUGUUUAUCUCUGGCAGCAUUUAUCAUUAUGACUCUAUUUUCUGUUACAUUAUUACAGGAUAUUUCUGAGAUUUCAUUGGGCACUUAUGUAUUUAUGAUCAGUGGGUUCAUUUUCGCUCUCGCCAUUAGCAUGCUUGGACUCUCGCUUUAUCUAUUAUGUGAAGCACCUCCAUGGUGGCAACAAACCAUCGUAUUUUCAUCUUUCUUCUCCAUUGUAUGCUUUGGAGUGGGUGGCAUUGCAUGGAUACUUACGUGA